AUCGCGGGGCUGUAACUCAUAAAGUGACUGAAAAAACAACAACAGAUUAUACGAUGGGCGAGGCGUCUGCAGAAUCCGUCACCUUGGAUCUGCUGAGAGAAGCCAGGGAGACAGUGAGGAACAGCCCCCUGGGUGUCAUCAACACUCCCAUGAUCCCCUGGUGUGAGACAACGCUGCCCCUCAACAUCCGCUGCAACAUCCACAUUAAACUGGAGAACAUGCAGAGGACCGGGUCGUUUAAGAUCAGAGGAGUGGCCAAUCAGUUUGCCAGGAGACAAAAGGGUGGUCAUUUUGUCACCAUGUCUGCUGGGAACUACGGGAAGUCUUUCGCAUACGCCUCAAAACACUAUGGAUCAAAAGGGAAGGUGGUGAUGCCGGAAACUGCCCCAGCGUCCAGAUCCAUCCUCAUACAGAGUUUCGGGGUGGAGGUGGAGCGAGUUCCCACCUCCUGUCUGAUGAAUGUGGUGAACCGCUGCGUUCAGGAGGACAACAUGACCUUCCUGCACUCCUAUGAUGACCUGGAUCUAAUAGCAGGACAUGCCAGUCUUGCUCUGGAGGUCUUGGAGGUGAUGCCCGAGCCUGAUGUGGUGGUGGUGUGCUGUGGUGGAGGGGGGCUGCUGGCUGGUGUGGCUGCUGCCAUCAAACUGUCGGGCUGUGAUAAGACCAGGAUCUAUGGUGUGGAACCAGAGGGAGCCUGCACCAUGUACAAAAGCUUCAUUGAGAAGAAACCAGUGGGCAUGGACACCAAGAGCAUCGCCUCAGGACUUGCUCCACCUUUUGCAGGCACGCUGCCCUUCGAGCUGUGUCAGCGUUAUGUGGAGGGGAUCGUCCUCAUAAACGACGAUGAGAUCAAGGCCGCGGUGUCCACCCUUUACAGGUCCGGACUAGUGGUGGAGCCGUCGGGCUCUGCCGCGUUUGCCGCCAUCGUUAACGACAAAAUACCCGAGCUGGAGGGGAAGAACGUGGUUUGCAUCCUCAGUGGAGGCAACAUCGGCAAAGAUGAGCUCGCCAACUUCCCUGACUGACAAAUAAACACAACUACAAUGUGAUUUCUCUCACACUUCUCUGCCAGCACGCGAUUUGGUUUUUCUCCAUGUAUUGUACAUGUGGUCUCUUGGUGGUGAAACAUGCUGUGAAGAUGAAAACCAGUUGGACAAACAACACUUUCAGUGCCUGUUUCAAGGUGAUUUAAAAAGACAAAGCUAGAAUUUUUCAGACAAACAGAACAUUUAAUAUUCUUGUCUUCUUGGGCUUACAGAAUGAGUGAAAUUUAGCUCAACUCCUUCAUGUCAGUGUUGUGGGUGUGGAUGUAUUCUUUUAAUCAUCUUGAGAUCUGACUGUUUUUUUUUUGUUUUUUUUUUGGCCCAGAGCAGUUUGGAUUCAUUAUUCACAGAUUUCUGGCAUGAGACCAGCUUUACAUCACUGUCCCCUGCUGUCAGAAACCUCAGAGCCCACCUUCAACUUUCAGAGAGAAAAAUUACUGCCACCGAAAAAGGUUCAAAGGAAAGACUGAGAAGCAUGAAAAGUUGCUGCAGGAACUCGAGAUGAUGUUAAAUAAAAAAAUGACACGAUUCCUCAACCACCUC